AUGCGGCCGCGCCAAGGUCGAAAAUACGUCCUUGCCAAACCCAUUUUCACUGCGGGAGAACGGCGUCCGUGGAUGGAGUCAGAUCCUUCGACAUUUCUCAUCGAUGCCGGCCUAUGGUCCGCCUGCAAAGAGUCCAGAUACGUAGUAGCAAAGCAUUACGCGUCGCUAAUGGGCCCUCCCAAAGGCCAAACAUCACGUGCAGCAGACGACUCAAUCACAAAAAGCACGUCUGGAUCAAGCAUACUUCCACACCAAGACCUUAACAUCUUCCAAGUCGCGCCUGACCAACGUAUCGCCGUCGGAGAAGCACUGGCCGCUCUCCGACCGUUCUUUCAAAACAACAUCUCUAGACAACUCCAUAUCGCCUUUGAAUACGACGACACCUGGAAAAUCCACGGCGGCGACAGUACCGAGGCCAUGAAGAUGCAGCCAGGUCCCCGGGCCUGUUUCAUCAACCUCCUAGAGAGAACUUUGUGUGGGCUUCUAUCGGCUAAACUAUACCUCAUUGACUACAGCGCAGAGCGAGACACAGUUGAUGCCCCAGUGCUGUUCUCUGCGGGAGGUUAUGAGCUCAGUGAGCUUGACCGUAGCCCUACCGGAGUUAUGAGGACCAGGUUUGGGAUUUCAAGAUGGUUCGUGGAGCAGCUCGCAAUACUGGGUGCAAUGCACUGGCUAUUCGCCGCACCGAUGUGGACGCCUGGGUCCCUAUCUUCACCCCUCGGUGACUACUUGGCUAUAACGACCAGUGUGGUCGUGCUCAAAUGUUUCGAGAAGAAAAAUUCUGUUGAUUGA